AUGAUUUCCCGUCUUCUCCUGUUCACACUGUUGUUUGUCUCCUUGACAACUUCAAUUGACCUAACUACUUGUGCUCGAAUGGAUGUUCCGAUUCUCAGCAAGGCGGCUCGCGGCCUUUGUAUUACCAGUUGUAGUAUGCAGAACUGUGGCACCGGAAAUUGUCAGAAACGAGGUGGCCGUCCAACUUGUGUGUGCAGUCGUUGUGCGAAAGGAGGUGGAAAUAUUCCAUUAGCAGCUUUUAUCAAGGGAUAA